GCAGUCGGUGUGUCCGGUCGUCCGGGAACGCUUGAAUCGUCGAAAGGAAAACGAGAAACAGUGGAGGAGUCCUGGAACCGUGUCCAGGCUCAUCCUGCAGAAUAAAAGUUCAAAGUGACCACGCGUGGAAAUACCUGUGCUGAUCGAGGAUCCCCGGUCGCGUCUCAGUUUUUCCUCUCCGUUUCACUUCUCCUUUCCAUCGGUCCCUUUGUUCCCAUCCUCGUGGCUGGAUCGCGUGUACAUCGUCAGUGAAACCUGAGAGGUGACGUCGCACCAUCGUCUGGAACAGAAAAUCAAGGGAACCAUAGUCAGGAAAACGGAAGGGUGCAAGGGGAAGCUUCUAAAGAAGCGAAGAACAACCUCACCUGCUUUUGCAAAAUGAGGGGAGCUUAUCUUCUUUGGAUAACGCUUUAACGGUAUCUCAAGAUGUACACCGAGUGGCAAAAGGGUGAAUUGGUGUGGUUCGACCCAGGUGUCGGCCACGUGUUACCAGGAGAAGUGUUGGAGUACCACAGAGCUGCGAAUGUUCUGUCAGUGCAAGCAGUGAUUGCUGGCAAGCCACAGAUAUUCACCCUAACUAAUUUAAGCGGAGUGAAACCGAGACAAGAUCUUGGCCAAAAUGGAGUUGAGGAUAUGAUUCAGUUAAGCGACCUGAACGAAGCCUCAUUAUUAUGGAACCUGAAGAUUCGGUACGACAAGGAAUUAAUAUACACGUACACGGGGAGUAUCCUAGUAGCGGUGAAUCCCUAUAAAAUGUUUGAUAUUUAUGGCUUGGACCAGGUGAAACUCUAUGAAGGACGAAUACUUGGAACCUUGCCACCUCAUCUGUUUGCUGUCGGUUCGUCCGCGUACAGUCAAGUAACUGCAGCAAAUAAUGCCAGCGCGAAUCAAGUGGUAGUUAUUUCCGGUGAAUCCGGUUCGGGAAAAACGGAAUCCACGAAACUUGUAAUGCAGUACCUAGCUGCUGUUAAUCGAGCACCAAACAAUCUGGUCACGGAACAAAUUCUCGAGGCAACGCCCUUAUUAGAGAGCUUUGGAAAUGCUAAAACACCGAGGAAUGACAACAGUAGCAGAUUUGGAAAAUAUUUAGAAGUUUAUUUUAGAGAUGGAGUGAUCGUAGGUGGAAGAAUAACUCAGUAUCUGUUAGAAAAAAGCAGAAUAGUCACCCAAGCGUCAGAAGAAAGAAAUUACCACGUGUUUUACGAGCUUCUAGCCGGUCUUGAUCAGCAGCUCAGGGACAAGUACGGAUUGCUGACGCCGGAUAAAUACUUUUACUUAAACCAGGGUGGAAACUGUGAAAUUGAUGGGAAGAGUGACGUCCAGGACUUCAAGGCACUUUUGUCAGCAAUGCAAGUUCUGGGUUUCACGUCAGAAGAACAGGAUACAAUUUUCAAGAUUCUAGCUAGUGUUUUACACCUUGGCAAUGUUUAUUUUCACCGGAAGCAGAUGAGGCAUGGUCAGGAAGGGGUUGAGGUUGGUUCGGAUGCGGAGAUACGUUGGGCUGCCCAUCUUCUUCAAGUGAAUUCUGAUGGGAUUAUUAGAGCACUUACCACAAAAACGACGGAAGCAAGAAAUGAAAGGGUAUUCACGGCACUAAACAUUGAUCAAGCUUUGGAUGCCAGGGAUGCAUUCGCCAAGGCUUUGUACAAUUCCCUGUUCUCAUGGCUAGUAGCUCGUGUGAAUCAUAUAGUUUAUAAAGGAACCAAACAAACUGCUGCCAUUUCGAUACUCGAUAUUUUUGGAUUUGAAAAUUUCACGGAAAACAGCCUGGAACAACUCUGUAUCAAUUAUGCAAAUGAGAAUCUUCAAUUUUAUUUUAAUAAGCAUAUAUUCAAGUUGGAGCAGCAAGAGUAUGCGAAAGAGAAAAUUGAUUGGACUACUAUUAAUUACACAGAUAACUUGCCAGUGAUUCACCUAAUCGCGAAGAAACCUGUUGGUAUUCUUCAUCUCCUGGACGAUGAAAGCAAUUUCCCUAAAGCUACAGAUCUUUCGUUCCUGGAAAAGUGUCAUUACAAUCACGCACUAAGCGAAUUGUACUCAAGACCAAGAAUGAAUUCUGCUGAAUUCGCGAUUAAACACUAUGCUGGCCAAGUUUGGUACAACGUUGAAGGUUUCUUGGAUAAGAACAGGGACACCCUGAGACCAGAUGUCGUGGAGUUAUUAAUAAGCAGUAAAAUAUCUAUGGUCAGCAAAAUGUUCCAGCACGUAAGGACAACCCAUGAAGCGAAUAAAACCAUGAAUAAACCAAAUGGUAGAUUCGUCACCAUGAAACCUAGAACACCAACGGUAUCUGCUCGGUUUCACGACAGUUUACAGCAGCUUCUGGAUUCCAUGUCUCAAUGUAACCCAUGGUUCGUUCGGUGCAUAAAACCAAACACAGAAAAAGCCCCCAUGAAAUUCGACAUGCCCUGUGUACUGGAACAAUUACGAUACACUGGAAUGCUAGAAACGAUUCGAAUUCGAAAAACCGGUUACCCGGUUCGACUUCUUUUCGGACAUUUCGUGGAUCGGUACAGAUAUCUGGUUUCCACCCAUCUGCCCAGAGGAGCACCCAACAAGGAGCUUUGUCGAAUUAUUUUGGACAAAGCUGCGCCCAAGGAAGCUCAAUCCCAGUAUCAAUUAGGAUUAACAAGGGUGUUUUUAAGAGAAUCUUUGGAAAGAACUUUGGAAUACAAUAGGGCAUUGAUUUUGGAAAGGGCUGCCAUAACUGUCCAAAGGUAUACUAGAGGAUUCCUUGCGAGAAGAAGAUUCUUAAACAUCUCACGUAGCACAGUGCUAAUUCAAGCGGUUUAUCGCGGUUAUCGCGAAAGGAAGAAGUACAAAGCGUUGAAAAAAGCGGCGCUAAUGGCACAGAAGAUAUACAGAGGCAAAAAGCAACGUGAAAAGUUUAAGGUAUUGAAGGAGGAAAUGGCGAAGAGGGCGGAAAUUGAAAGAGCUAGCAAAGAACGCGCCAAAGCAAAACAACAGAGGGAGGAGCAAGAAAGAACCUCCAGAGCAGUGGCUGGUGUGAAUCAUUUAGAAAUUCCUGCUGAACUUGCAUUCAUCUACAGUAAACUUGAUGAUUGGCAACCUACUCAUACAGAAAGAAAUCUGUUAAAAGUGGUGGGUCAAGUGAUACCCAUGCAUCUCAAUUACAGUUUACCAAACGACAUCGAUCAGCACCAAUUCUCAAAAUUCACUAAUAUCUACUUUAAGAGUCACAUCUUCGGCAUGAAACGAGAGCCAAUAAAGACCCCAUUCCUAGCCAAAGCCAGAGAUCAAGAUUACACUGAUUCAUUGAUGAUCUUCAAAAUGAUCCUUCGUUUCAUGAAUGAAAACAAUUUAAGUGGCAAAAGGGAGCAAGCAUUAGGAGAUUAUAUUGUGAACAAAGGAAUCGUGAAUGAAAAAUUGAGAGAUGAAAUUCUGUGCCAAUUGGCUAAUCAAACAUGGAAGAAUGAAAAUGAUGCUAAUAAAGAAAGAGGAUGGUUGUUGCUAUCAAAUUGUCUGUCAGCUUUUCAACCAUCUUCAACUCUUUUUAAGUAUUUCUUGAAAUACGUAUCUGAUCAUGCGUAUGAUGGGUAUAAAGCUUACUGUCAAAGGAAACUUUUGCAAGGAGAAAGAACGAUAUUUAGAAUAAUGAGCAAUAAUCAGCAAAUUGUUCAUCAUGUACCUAGAAAUUAUCCUCCGUGUGUGUUGGAAUGGAGAGCGAACAGGAAUCGUGUUAAUAUGGCUCUCAGUGUAGGAUUCUAUGAUGGUGAGAUAAUCACCUGUGCCGUGGAUUCAUGGACAACAUGCGAGGAAUUAGCAAACCUUGCUGUCCACAACCACGGCGUGGAUAAUUCUGGUUGGACCAUUACCUUAUGGAAUCAACUGGACGGUCCGGAUGCCAUUGUGACAGAAACCAAUGGAUUCGACUACGUGCUGGAUUUAAUUUCAGAAAUGGAGCUGGCUCCAGCAUUCCCAGCUGCCAAGCAUAUGUUCUUGGAACAACGAAAGAACAGUUACCCACCAAUUAAAAAGAGAGAACAUGCACAGAUUAUUCGAGAGUUAGAGCAGGAAAUAGAGCCGCCUGUUUUGAAAACCUUUCAACCUUUGGAACGGAAGACGGUGCCUAAGGUUAUAGACAAACCGGUAGAAGCGGAAAUUCAGUCGCCUAGGAGGCCGGCUGUUCCUCCCCCACAACCGCCUGUAGCUAAGCCAUCGGUGAGGAAACAAUCACACGAAGGAAUCCUAGAAACAACGACAGACACCGGCCUCUCCCGGAAAUCUGCUCUAAACGACAGAUACUUCGAAAAAGAGAAACAACGUAGCCGUAGUCUGGACAACUUACUCCAACCGGAAGUAGUGGCUCCACCAGUGAAACUAGCGAAUCUCGGGCUAUCAUCGUCGAAAUUAAACGAACGUUACCAUAGUUUGGAAAGAAUUGGUGAAACGUCUGCAGUGAGCAAUGUGGAAUACAUGACGAGGAAUGAAAUCUCGCAAGAAAGAAAAUAUAGUAGGAUAACUAGGACAACGGAACCGAAUAUCGAAGAAGAAGAUCUGACUAUUGAUUUUGAGUAUCCGGAUAUUCAAUCGGUCAGUCAGACUGGAAGAUCCGAGGAUGAUAAGAGCAGCUAUAUCAGGUCCCAGACUAGGUUUAUCAAAUCACAAUAUCCUGGUAAACGAGCAUUGCCAGGCAGUCAAUCGAGUCGUGCCUACAUCGAGAAAAGCGAGUACGGUGUGAAAUCUUCAGCCAUGUCUGACACAAGCGAAGCUCCUUCCCUGGCAUCCCACGUCAGACGUGUCAGGGUACCUAGUCAAGCUUCGGACGUGGAUCAGUUCCUGGACGAAUUAUUCAUGCCAGUUCUCGAUGGAAAUUUAGACGAGCUAUCUGAUGCCAGAAGUUUGGCAGCCAGUAUCAAAGGUACAAAAGAAGAUAGAUCUCAGAGCGAUGCCAUAAUCCUCGAAGCUCUAGAAGGAGAUCACGAAGAUAUUCCCCAAACAGUGAAUGACUUUAUUAAAAAAAUAAUGAAUAAUAGCAAAAAUGAAAUGAUUACUGCUGAAGAAUUAUCAAAGAAGAUCAAAGGUGGAGGAAACAUGGAUAUACCAAAUCAGAACGCGAACUUUAAUUUCGGUGCCAUUACACCGGGAAUGAUGUCACCACCUAUGAUGAUGCCAAUGUUUAGUUCACCUCAACAAGUCCCCCCUGCACAGAGCACCAGUAUGAACAUGAAUCCCGGAUUCAUGCCAAUUCCAAUUUACAGCAUGCAGGGACUCAGUCUUCCUCAGUAUCCUAAUUCACCUCCUAAUCCAAACAACGACAUGAUGGCCUAUCAGCAGAACUUGCAGAGAGCCUUUCUGCAGAGUGCCAUGGCGCAGAAUAUACAGAUUCAACAGCAAUUGUUAGCGCAGAAUCAGGCUCUUCAGCAACUGCUCGUGCAGAGCCCUCAGAAUUCGUCCCAACAACCGGUGUCGUUCAGAGAACCAGAAGAUGGCGAACUUUGGUCGACAGAGAAGCAAUCAGCCCCACAGUCAUUGGUCAACAAUCAACGUCAGGAAGUGACUGUUAAAGCUCAAAUUCAUCGUUCUCAGAGUCCACCGAGGAAAAAUUCCGAAAUGGUGCGGAAAACAAGCGUUGAAUACGCGGUGAAGAAAGUGAUCGUUGAAAGAAAGGCAGGUGACAAAAAGUCAUCCAGUCCGAUGGAGCCUAAGAGGUCGAAUUCGAACAAGAAUAAUGUACAAAGUAAUUUUACAAACGUGUUGAGUGAAUUGAAAAAUCGUAAAAGCAGUGUGGAUAGUAAUUUAUCGAAUUCGAGUAAUAAUAAGGGUGUGCCACCCCCUCCGCCCAUGCCACCCCCUUUAGAAUCGCACGAUCCUUCGGAAUCGAGGCCAUUUUUGGAUCCUUAUGGAAGAGCCAAGACGGUUCGAAUUGGCAAAUGGAGAUGGCCACCACCGAGCGAUUCAAAUGAAAAUCAGAGCCAAGAUAGUUUCAUUGAAUUCAAAAUGCGCCAACAACAUCAGCAACGUAAAAUCACUCCUCAAUAUCAAGAAUACAACCAAGGUGAUGGAGAACCCAGCACAGAGGGUGCUGUAGAAUGGGAAGAAUUUGAAAUUGAAAAUAUUGUUGGAAUGGAAGAGAAGAUAACGAGUCAACCUAUUCUCAACAAACAUGAGAAUGGAUAUAAAGAAGAAGGGGAGAAGAAGAAGAAGAAAUCCAAGUCUGGGUUAGAAGUAGGUGCACAGAGGCCAUCACCAGGUAGCAUAGGAAAAUUGAAGCUCAGUUCAGAAAUGCGUCAAAGAUUGGAGAAGGUGACAGCGAAUCAUAGUGUUAGAUCCACGAAGACGAGUGAGAAACCUGCUCUUCCUCGUGAGGAUGGGAAAGUAAAGCGUUUGGAGGAUAAUAGGAAGCUUCUACUUGAACAGCAAUUAGGAGGACGAUGGGACGAUUAUGCUUCCACAGCCGAUGACACUCAAAGCGUGACUUCAAAAGGAACAACAGACAUGAUGACUCAAGCGCAAGUAGUCAGAACUCAAAUUGAAAGGAUGGAAAGACCUGUGCCACCUCCGCUUCCGAUUACACCUCCGCAACCUCCUAGUCCCAGAGGUGGCAGCAUGUACAGCAAUAGUCAAUCUGGAGUAGCACAACCAAGGUCACCACCAGCCCCAGUGGAGCCAAAAGCUCGAGAUUCCUUCAGAGCAUCCCCGGACUCGGAAGCCUUCGACCAUUUUGCGAAAAACCAACGCGACAUGUUCAGUCAAAGCCGAGAUAUAUUUGCGUCUCAACAGCAUCUGAGAGAGAAUCACGAGUACAGGAACGAUUUCGAGAAAUCUCGCUCGCAGGAUCAGAAAUCCAAAGACUUUUACGGGAAAGACAGUACCGAUUUGGCGAGUUCAGCUCGUGACAGAAGCUCAGAUUUCGAUUCACGUCGCGACUUGAAUUCCGACAUCUUCGAUCCCAAAUACGCGAGGGACAUAUUCGAGAACUCGAAUUCCAAGAGAGACCCAUUCGGAAUGACCAGAGACGUGUCACCCAAGUCACGUGACAGUUUUGGCAUGCCAUCGUCGAGAGACUUUGGCGUGAUGCCAAAUACGAGAGAAUCCUUCGUGGCUGCUCGACAAAGUUUCAAAAAGUUGGAUCGUGAAGUGGAUAGAAGAUCCAGCAUAGCGUCGACCCAUCGUACCGAUAAAAUGGAGAGGAUUGAGAUCGAAGAAUGGCCAGAGUUUCUGAGACCUGUGAUGCCACCGGCUGAGAAGCCGGAGAUAGAAAAGGUUCAGGAAGUCGUGAAUACUAAAUUGUAUCCUCAAACAUCCACUGCUCAUUUCACGUAUAACAGAGUUACGUGGACGUUGAGGGUGAAAAAGGAAGUGUUUGCACCGAACGAGACGUUGAACAGUCCUUUGGCACUGCAUUUAGUGUUUUGUCAAGUGGCUUAUGAUGUCCUGGCCACGUCCAGUAUUAGGAUCACUAAAGAGGAUAGGCAGAAUAUGCUGAAGAUGUUGGAUAACUAUGGGGUGACUUUGGAUAAUCUACAGAGUACUCAGCAUAAGAUUACUAUUAAGAAGAACGUUGUUGACAUGGCGAAACAGUGGCCCUUGUAUUUUGCUAGGAUAUUCCCUGUAUCGAUUGGACCUCAACAUCCUGAAACUCAACAUGUGGCGGUAUCUCAUCAUGGUCUGCGAUUGAUAAAACGCACUCCAAACGGUGACCUUGUUAUCCUGGAGACUCUACCUCUCGAGGACAUCGUCUCCGUGAGUUCACCCAGGGCUGGUGUAUGUGUCAUGCAAAUUGCAUCUGGUGUCAGGCUACCAUUACACACUAAUCGGGCGCCUCAGUUAACCGAGAUGAUCAACACUUACAUCAGAUUGGUCGAGCAGAAGCCAUUGCACAAGCCGAAUCAUCACGAGAAUCAUGUAUCUCAGAUCACGAAAUCGAUUCAGUCGCAGACGAAUCAUGGUACGCCGAAUCAUGUACAAUCUCACGGUCAAUCUAAUCACGUUGUAUCGAACCACGAGAACCACGUGUCUGCGAGUCGUGUGCCGAACCACGUGUCGGCAACGAACCAGACAAACCAUCAGAAAAACCAGCUAAACCAACGACUCAGCCCGAACCAAGAAUGGAGGCAACCGGAAGACAACGGCAGACUACAAGAAGAUGGGAUCUACGAGAGCGGACCGGUGGUCAACGAUGGAAAACACUCUCUGUUACAAUAUGCCAUGCUCAAUUUCAGGCAGAGCACAGAAAAGUUUGAGAUGCUGAAAACAGCAGAUGGUUCUAUAAGUGGCUCACUUAAAGUGAUUGAGUCCCUGAAGAGUAAGAAAAAGAAUAAGAAGAGCAAGGGUCAACAAGAUGGAGCAGAAUGGACUUGGAAGGAACAGGUGGAUCUUGUAAAAUACUCAGCUGUGCCAAUAGAGCAAAGUCUGUUAAGGCUGGAUGCAGAUUUGAGUGCUUUAGCUGUAGAGUGCUUCCUAUGUCUGAUGAGAUACAUGGGUGAUCAGCCAUUACCUCCAGACACUAGCGAAGUUAAAUGUGUCUACACUAUUCUGAUGCACUGUCACAAAUAUGAACUCCUUAGAGAUGAAGUGUACUGUCAGUUGAUGAAACAAACUACCAAUAACAAGAGCCCAAACCCUGAUAGUUGUCAGCGCGGAUGGAGAAUCUUUAGCAUUGUUGCUGCCUAUUUCACCUGCAGUGAUGGCCUAAGACCUUAUCUUACUAAAUAUCUUGAAACUGCUGCCUAUGAUAAAAGAAGAGCGUACCAUGGAACAGCCACUGUAUGUCUACAGAAUCUCAGGAAAACAGUUAAAUAUGGAGGAAGAAAGAACGUGCCUAGUGUAGAUGAGAUCAUGGCCAUCAGUGCUGGCAGGAAUGCAAAGAGACAGAUUUAUAGACUUCCAGGUGGAACAGAGAGGGUUAUCAACACAAAAUGUACUACUGUUGUGCAGGAUGUUAUUGAGGAGAUGUGCAACAUAAUAUCCGUCAGGAAUCCCCACGAAAUGGAUGAAUUUUCAUUAUACUGUAUCGUCGAUGGUGAUGCGUUUACUAUGCCAUUAGCAAGAGAUGAAUACGUUUUAGAUGUAACUACGGAACUUCAUAAAAAUCAUCAAGUGUUCUACCUAAUAUUCUGCAGAUCGGUUUGGUACUAUCCCCUCAGACUGGAUGCACCACUGUACAUAGAAGUUGUGUUCAAUCAAAUUGCUCCAGACUAUUUAGAAGGCCUUCUAUUGGUCUUACCUGGGGAACAUUUACCUCAAGAAGUCAUAUAUGAUAUGGCACAAAUAGCAGCUCUUUUACAUAGGGCAGCAGAUAUGACCCACGAGCCGACUACCAAGGAAAUUAAAUAUUUAUUACCAAAACCAGUGCUCAGUUUAAGAGAUCCACGACCUCAACAAUGGGCAAACAUGGUCCAGCAAGCAUGGAGCAAUGUACAACAUAAUACAGUGGCUGCUUGCAAGGCUCAAGUACUCGAAAUUUUGUGGAAGUGGCCAUUAUUCGGAUCCAGUUUCUUCGCCGUGAAAAGGGUGCCUGAAGGUAAAGAAAAGGGUGGGGAUCAUAUUUUAGCAUUGAACAGACACGGAGUGCACUUUAUUGAUUUAAUUACACACGAAACAUUGUACCACUACCCGUAUUCCGAAGUUAUCUCCACCAGGAAAGUGAAAUCCGAAGAGGGAACCCUUUAUUUGGACAUGAAAUGUGGCAAUUUGAUGCAGCAACGUAUAACAAGGCUCCAAACAGAACAAGCUCACGAAAUUUCGCGAUUAAUUAGACAAUACAUCACCAUGGAACAAAGAGCGACCAAUGCUCAAAGCUCUGGAAUUGGAUUUGGCAUGAGAUAAAAUUUUCUAGCUGCAUCAAAAUAUCGUUUAAAUUCAAUUAAUCACAAUUCUGUGCUCUUUCAUCAAUGAUCAAUUGAAUAACAAGAGCAUUGUAAAUAGAAAUUUAACAGUAACAAUUGUAAGUCAAAAGAAGGUAGUGACUAUUUUGUUGGAUGAAGGAAGAUAAAUUUUGUUGUACAUAGAAAUUUAUUCAGAAUUAGAAGGAGAGGCUAUUUCGAAGAGAGAUUAUUUCAUCAAUGAAAGAAUGAAAUAAAUUUCCUUCCUUGAAAUGGUUUCUUCAUCGCCAAUGAACCAGAAGACAAAAACUUUUUCUAGAAGAAAAAACUAAAUUUAAUGUUUUGUUAUUUAUUUAUUAACGAAUUUGGUUGAGAUUAAGGGGAAAACAAGAAUACCAUUUGAAAGUCUUGUAAAUACAUCUAGCUAGUUGCUGAAAAAUAAGAAGAAUAAACAAAAGCACAAUAAACAAUCUCAACAAUAAUCUAACAACAUUCAAUGACUUUUCAAGGGAAUUUUUUUACAAGAAUAAACAAAUAGAAGGUAGUAGUAUAGAUCCAACAACAGUCCAAUUUACAGUAACAAUUUAUUAUUAAUCUUAAGAGAGACUAAUUAUACAGUCUUGAAAAGAAGAAACCUUUGAUUUUCUUCUGUAAAGUACAGAGGAUGUUAAUGAAGAAGAUGAAGAAUGCUCAAGUAUCUAAGCAAUUAUUCUCGACUCUGUAAAUACGCGUUUAGAAACGUUUAGAGAAAGAGAGAACCGAGUGAAAGAAGAUAGUUAGUUUGAUUUUCAAGAAAAAAUCGAGAGUCCUUCCGGUUAGUUUCUUUUUUCUUUUCUCUCCUUGUGACGACAAGUUUCAUGAAAUCUAAAUGAAAAAAAUUGUUGAUCACGUUGGAUGAUAAAUAUUGAUGUUGAAUAGCAUCGAUUUAUUUAUACAGAAGUGUAAGAAAAAGCAACGACACGGUAGAGUAAUCUGAACGAUUUGUAAAUCCGAUUAAUGAUUAAUCUUAGCGAGUACGUUCCGAUGGAGACUAACAAGCUGCGGUUAUAUUGUUUAUCACAAAAUGACAUUAUUAUUAAUAAUUGUAUGUAUGCGUAUCGAUGUGAACGGAGGUGUUGAUACUUUAUAUUAAAAAGUUUCUACAUAUA